UGACACUCUGAGCCAGGAAUAUUCUAGCAGAUUUCACAAAACCUUACUGAGGAAUGAGCAAGGUAAUCAUGCAAUUAGCCGAAAUACAAAACAAACUGGUCAUUUUAACAACACAAUUUAAAUUUGUAAAUGUGGGUAGUUUCUUUGAUUAAUUUAAACAUCUUAUAUUGUCUAAUGUUGUGAAGUGUGCACAGUAUCACAGGUUCUUUUGUUUCAGUAUGUCACAGGAGGGAAAUGAAACCAGAGCUUUUGUUGUAACAGAGUUUUUCAUCAUGGGUUUUCCUGGACUUCUGCCUAAAUACUACAGCCUGACAGCGGCGCUUUUAUUCUGCAUCUACAUCGCUGUGAUCACCGGCAACUCUCUCAUUGUGGUUCUGUUUGUGAUCGAGCGCAGUCUCCACAAGCCCAUGUACAUUAUCAUGCUGAGUCUGUCUGUGUCUGAUAUCUGCUUCUGCACAGUCGCUUUGCCGAAAGUCAUUUCUCGCUAUUGGUUUAAUGACGGUUAUAUUUCCUUCUACGUUUGUUUAUUUCAAAGGCAGCUCAUUCACUAUUUUGGUGCUCUGAACUGUCUCAUUAUGAUGCUCAUGGCUCUAGAUCGGUACUUAGCAAUCUGUCACCCACUCAGAUACCCUGUUUUAAUGACAAACCGCAUGUUGGGACUAUUAUUAGGGUUUUCAUGGGUCACUGCAAUGAUUCCUCCAACAAUUACCUUAACACAAACACUGAAACUGCCAUUUUGUGGGCCAAACAUAAUUGCUCAAUGCUUUUGUGAUAGUACGUCUAUAAAUCAGCUCGCCUGCGCUGAUGCCAGCAAUGCCAAUUUCAUUGCAUUUUGUUUAAUAAUGUUUGUGCUUCUUGUGCCCUUUGCUUUCAUCAUCUUUUCCUAUGCAUGCAUCCUGGUUUCUGUUCUUCAAAUAGCAAAUGCUAAAGGCCGACUGAAAGCCUUUUCUACUUGUGCUACACAGCUCACCAUCAUAAGCAUCUUUUUUGUGCCCCGUUUUGUGGUUUUCUCCAGUAAUAACCUCCCAAGCAACAAUGAGAAGAUCGCACUGGUCAUGUUUUACAGUCUGCUUCCACCACUGAUGAACCCUUUCAUUUACUUCAUGAGGAUCAGAGAAAUCAGACAGGUCUUUUUCAAAUUUUGCACUCAGAGGAUCAUGAUUAACUUAAAGGGUUAGCUUGUUUAAAACAUGAUAUUCUACAUAUCGCUGUUUUUAUUAAUCUCAUUAUAUGAAUCCUUAGUUGAUAUGUGCCAUUUUAUGCAUUUACAAUAUUUGUUAACAUUAUAGGCCUUUAAUACGGUGAUAUUCCACAUAUGAUUGCCAUUUAUCAAACAUUCAUUCAUUCAUUUUCCAUUUAUCAAACUUAGAACAAAUAAGUUCUUUUCUCUGUCAGGCUUUUGCCGUGAGCAGGUGAUAAAUGAUCUUUUCAUGCUUAAGAGAAAUAAAGACAUAUAUGUAA